UUUUUAUAUUUCUGUAUUUUCAGUCCAGUUGUAUAAUUUUAAGAUAAGAUAGAUAAGAACAACUUUAUUUAUCCCGAGGGAAAUUGUUGUGUCAUGUACAUGCUCAAAGCAGUAGGAGAGACAAAGGAACAGGUGAAACAGAUAUAAGAUAUUUACAAGAUGAUCAGGUAAAUGUUACUCUAGUGACACACAAAAACAGAUAAAACAAUAAAACUUUGAAACUUUUUGCAGCUCAAUGUAAAAAUUUAAUAGUUGUAAUUUAGGCUCAGAUCGAAAUAAUGGUUUUAAUAUGGAUAUGAGGAAAGCUCGGCCAUGUUUCUAUUUCUUUACAAUGUUGAUGAUGUCUGGGAAUAUUUUAAAUACAUUUAUGGCUUUCCCACAUUGCCCCAUCACCUGUGCACAGACACUUGCACAGUUGACAGAAACCAACCGUCCUGCUUUUAGUGUGAUAUUUACAUCAGACAAAAUCAUACAGCUGACAACAUUUAUACCAGCACGAUUUAUGAGAGAACUCAAAAUAUUCUUUUCCAACUGAUAAAAUAAUAAAAAUAAUCUGAUAAGAACUCACAAUGUUUAAAUUUUUUUCUUGGAGGAGGAAAAGGGGAAGUAGCUGUUGAGGAAGUGAGGUUAGAGACGUGUUACCAUGCUUCAGUCUUUCACAUCACCUCAUUCAGGAAAUCAUAAGCUGUGGAGCUUCAGACAUGGAGGGCUUGCGCUGGCUGUCUCUCCUCUUCACGCUGCUCCCUGGGACAGAAAGCAGAGAAGAGACCGAAGGCUGCUUAUCACAGCCACACAAGGCCAUCUGGCACAGAAUAGGACAAUCCGCAGUUCUCCCCUGUAACAGCAACUGUUCAGAUCCACACCAGCAUUAUCAAUGGUUUGUUUUCAAAGAACACCACCACUUUCUUCUCACCUUGAGCAGCCGCCACAGCCUUCAUGAAGCAACUCUACACAUCAAGUCUCUUAACGUCAACGACAGCGGGAUCUACUACUGUGCUGCAGAGUCUAAAAGUGAAACAAAUUGCUGCAAACAGCACAUAGGAACAGGAACAACUCUUGUUAUAAAAGAACAAUUUAAAAUAAUCAUGAGAAGCAUUUAUCUGUGGGUGUUAUUCAUCAUCUUGGCCAUCUACAGCAUCGUGAUAGUGGUACUUAUUCUAAAGAAGCAUGGAUGCAGCGUUACCAUCUGCAAAAAGACUUCCAAAACUGAAAUUCGGAACAGUGUAAGGAAGAAAUCUGAGUUUCGUGAUGUGCUGCAAGAGCUACACAGCAAAGGGAACUUUAAAAAAGGCAAACGAACAAGAGGAAAUCAUUCUCAAGUUGAGAAAGCAGAAACAUUUCCACUGAUGACAUCUACCAAAAUGUGUAGGAGUCAUCUGAGAGUGUUAAAGAAGAAUUAAAGAAGAAUUCCAUUUCCUGACAAGAGCAAAAAAAUCAGCAGAACGUCUGACUCAGAAGACCGUGACAAAAAAGCCUCAGUGCUGAGUUCCCUUUCUCGUCUGACUUUUGACCUUGGCAACAUUACACAGAGCUGCAUCGCACCUUUUUCAGCUCAUCCAUUUAUCUGCAUUAAUGACGAUGCAGAAAAUGUUGAAGGUACAGCCACGAGUUGUUAUUUUUAGCACUGUAUGCUGUAGUGUUGUGCCAAUCUCCUCGUAACAUUUCCUCAAACUUUACUGAAGGCCAUCACCUGCUGCCUUGGAAACUAGCAUUCCUCGCUAUGUCUUUUUAUCUCAGAAUUAUGAGGAAAAAAAGUCAGCAUUCUGAGAUCAAAGUCAUGAUUCUGAUAAAAAUAAGUCAGAAAGCUGAACUUAAAGUUAGAAUUUUGAGGGAAAAUGUCAGAUUUCUGAGAAAAACGUCAGAAUUC